UGUUUAUCGAAUCCAGAGAAGGCCUAUUGUCCGCAUUCUCAUAUACGGUAAAUGAUCCCURAAACUGGGUAUUAGCGACACGUCGGCAAGCAACUGUGCAUUUAAGAAGCAGUGGUUAUCAAGAUGUCUGGUUUUGAUGGAAUAGAGGAACUGGCGAAAAUAAAAGCGUCGACGACUAACGAAGAAGUAUGUACAUUCUACGACAAAUGGGCCAAGGAUUAURAAAAGGACUGUGUCACUCUCAAAUUCGUCGGGCACAAAACGUUUGUCGAUAUAUUUGAUCAAGAGAUGACAAAGAUUUACAAAGACGACAGGUUCAACAAGAAGAUCCUUGAUGUUGGAGCAGGGACUGGGAUUACCGGACAGCAAAUGAGAGAUGUUGGUUACAAGAACGUUGAUGCGCUGGAUAUCUCUCCGAAAAUGCUCGAAAUCGCACGCGGCAAGGGUGUCUACCAGAAAAUCAUUUGCGCUGCUCUAAAUGAUCAGAAAAUAGAAGAGAUUAAGACGGGUCAGUAUGAUGCAACCAUCAGCACUGGGGCGAUCCAUAUUGGGCAUAUCAAACCGGACGCUUUUGAUGAGAUUUUACGCCAUGUUAAGCCAGGUGGKAUCAUAAUGAUGGUGAUUGAGGAAUCUCUUAUCAACGAGAAGCACGGAUACAAAGAAAAGAUCGAUGAGRUAGCUGCAAGCAAGAAGUGGGAACACCUGAGGACUCACCACAUGGAAUAUUGCCUUGUUCCAGGGACAGACAUCUUGGAAAAGGGCUAUCUCUUUACCUACAAGGUCUUAGCAAAUGAAUAACUGUCAGCUAAGCCUAUCCCAUUCUGACAGUGCUAUGAWAAGUCCUGGGCAAGUGAUCUUGCCAAAAGGCGUAGUAUUUUUGGUUAAGAAUUGAUUAUACUUGAUUUAAUACUUGAUAAAGACCUUUUUUACUGAUAAAUAAAGAAAUAGCCUUCCUAAGAACA